AUGUGUGGUCUAAAGGGUGAGGUGACAGCAGGGCCCACCCUCCCAUAUGAGACUCUUGGGGCUCAGUAUGUUAUUUUGAGGACCAUAGGCCAAGGAAGUUAUGGCCAGGUGAAAUUGGCUCACCACCGACUCACGGGCACAGCUGUGGCGAUAAAAGUCCUGCUGAAGGAGCGUACACAAUACUAUCCGAUCAGAACGGAAGUGGGGAUAUUGAAGAAGAUGAACCAUCCAAACAUCAUUUCGUUACACCAAAUCAUUGAAACUGAACAGAACAUCUUCCUGAUCUUGGAACUGGCCGAUGGACGUGAGCUGUUUGAUUGGAUUGAGAAAUCAGGCCACUUACAUGAGGGCCUAGCCCGGAAAAUAUUCACUCAGAUUGUACAGGCCAUGAGUUACUGUCAUGACAUAGGCAUUGUACAUAGAGAUCUUAAGCCUGACAACAUCAUGGUUGAUGCCUCAGGAAAAGUUAAAAUUGUAGACUUUGGUCUGGGUGCCCUAGUUACACCCGGUAUGAAGCUUUCUGGGCAUUGUGGUGCCUUACGAUUUUGUGCCCCGGAAUUUUUCCUAAACCAACCAUAUGAUGGAACGAAAGUGGACACUUGGAAUUUAGGCGUUGUUUUAUACUUCAUGGUGACCGGGGACCUGCCAUUUGUAGGUACCACCCUUAAAGAGCUUGGAAACCAAGUUUUGCUGGGACGAUAUGCUAUUCCCCGGCACCUUUCAAAAGAACUUCGAGAGAUUAUCCGGUAUUUACUUACUGUAAAUCCUACAGAAAGACCAACACUAAAGGAUAUUAUGGCACACCCUUGGCUUAAGCAAGGAAAUGCAGGUUUCUUAAGCCACUGUGAUAAGAUAGACUCUAGUCACCUGGAUCCUGCAAUCAUAGCAGCCAUGGCAGAUAUGGGCUUUGACCCAUGUGUUGUCCAGAAAUCUUUAGUCGAUAAGCUGUAUAAUGAACCGAUGGCGACUUAUGGCCUAUUAAAACGCCAGGCAGGCAAGCAGGAUGACCACACUAGCCAUCCUGAGCCAGUGCAACCAGGAUUAACACCUUUCCCCACUCUCACAGAUCCUACAAGCUUCCCUUCCUACCGAGAGAAGACAACUGAUAGACCAGCCAUUCGAGCCUUUCUAUCAUUAAGCUCAAAAACUGACUCUUCCGAGGACAAAGAACAUGGAGGGCAGAGGCUAAGAAGAAGUGCAACUGUGCCUAUAAUGCCACCUCACUGCCCACAGAAGAGGAUAAUCAUUUUUUCUGAUGAUAGGGUCGUCACCAGAAGACAGCACAAUUCAACUAUGGACUCAAUCCGAGGUGCGUACAGGAGCUGGAAGAGGUGGACAGGGAGAAUUGGGGCCAGUUUAUUAAAGCUCUGCUGCUGCUGCUGCUGCUGCUGCUGCGUACCACUUAAGAACAACAGAGUGGUGCCCCAAAGGGAGGCAUAG